AUGCAAUUUACAUUUUUCACACUGGUUUUAGCAAGCCUUGCUACAUGUGCCCCGGUCAAACAGCUUCCGUUGGUGAGACCGACGUUGUCGACCGAGCUCACUAAGGAUGUGUUCGUUAAGAAGAUCCAUUCUCACAACGAUUACUGGAGAGAGUAUCCGUUUUUAAGUGCUGUUACGCUUGGAGUUCAAUCCAUCGAGGCAGACGUUUGGGUUUUCCCCGAGCUUAACGACUCCACUAUCUAUGUGGGACACAACUUAGCCUCGUUGACCGCCGACAGAACGUUUGCGGACUUGUAUGUGAACCCUAUUUUGUCGUUGAUCGAGGCUUUUAACCCGGAAAAUGCACACACAGAGCUGAGCAGUUCGGUGAACGGAGUUUUUGACACCGACUCGUCUGCAACGCUGUAUCUGUUUGUGGACAUGAAGACGGAGGGAACGGAAACGUAUCCGUUCGUGUAUGAGGCUCUGGAGCCAUUGAGAGAAAAGAACUACUUGACCUCCUACAACGCCGCAAACAACACCCUGACCAAAGGUCCGGUUACGGUGAUUGGCACGGGGAACACACCGUUCGAGUACGUCCAGAACGCAACCACCAGAGACGUGUUUUUUGACGGAGUUCUCGGCGGACUGAAUGACUCGUUCAGUGCUACCAUCUCGCCAAUCGCCUCGGGCUCGUUGGAGUCGCUCGUUGGCGAGGUCGACAGCGUGGACGGCCUCAGCUCGAACCAGACUCAACUCCUUACACAGGCAAUCGACCAGGCACACAGCAAGGGAAUCUACACCCGAAUCUGGGAUACUCCGUGGUGGCCCGUUGCCAAGCAGACAAACGUGUGGAGACAGAUUCUGGACGCCGGCUCGGAUUUCUUGAAUGCCGACGACCUUGAAUACGCCACAACGUUCCAGUGA